UCCAUUUCCUUUCAUCUCACAAAGCCACUCUUUCUUUCUUUCUUCCUUUUCUUUUGCUUUUACUUCGCUCUGUUUAAUUUUUUAUUUGUCUUUCUUGCACUCACCGAAGACAGCCCUUUUCGAAGGCUAAGGGCUCUUCUUCUCUUCCUGUUAAUGGUUAGGGUUUCGUAGGGGCGUUAUUGGAAUGUUCCAGAAGCUCCCUUCUUCCUUCUUUCGCCUUUUCAAUUUCGUUAUACGACGGGGUAUCGUGCUAACCAUGCAUUGAUUUUUUCUUCUUUUUUUCCUUCAGUGGUGGCAGUUCUGGUAUGGAAAUGUAUGAUGCUUCUGAAAUUCGAAACGCAGAGGCUUAUUUGAUUGAAGGCACCGAUUUAAACUCACAUUUGACAAACCCAAAUUUUGAACAAUUUCAAGUCAUGUUUAAUGAUGGAGCCCCUGAAUUUGUUAUUGAUCAGAACUCAUAUUACCCUGCUGCCACCAAUUAUGGGUAUUAUUGUACAGGAUUUGAAUCACCCAGAGAAUGGGAGGACCACCAUAGGAUUUUUGGUGUAGAUGGUCCUGAUAUUCAGUACGCGGGUUCACAACAUGAAAGUUUUCCAUAUGUAUAUUAUACACCUAGCUAUGGAUAUGCACAGUCUCCAUACAAUCCAUACAAUCCUUAUAUUCCUGGUGCAAUGAUUGGAGUUGAUGGUUCACUUGGAGGAGCAAAUCAAUAUUACUCUCUCCCCAAUUAUCAAAACCCCAUUUCUUCACCUGCUUAUAUUCCUUUCGUUGUUCAACCAGACAAUUUCCCUAAUAGUUCUGUUGACUCAUUGUUUGAUACUAGUGCUUCUGUGGGUAGACCUGAUGGAAAAGGUUUAAAACAUAAGUUCAGCUUAGCUUCUGGUGCCUUUAAUAAGAACUCUUCAAAAUCAUUGUCAAAUCCAACAAGUUCCUUGGCCAGGAUACCAGAAGGGCCAAGAGACAAUGCUGGGAUAAAGAAAGAUGUGACAAGUGGCAGUGGUUCUGGCAGGGGUUUUCUUAAUCUGCCUUUGCCAGCUGUCCGUCAGGCCAGAAGCAUUGAUACCUUAACCCAUCCUGUAGAUACUAUUUCCAAUGGAAACGUUUUGUCCCAUACUAAGAGUAGUGAAUUUUCUGAUUGUGGAUCUAUUGCUAAUCGACAGUCUACAGUUGCUAAACUGCGACCAAAGGCUCAAAUGGCUAAAGGAUGGAGUGAUGGAAAUGGAAGUUCUGAUGUUUUAGGUGAGCUAAAUCGGGGCCCAAGAAUUAGUAAUAGUAAUUCAAAAUACCAACUGGCUGUCAAAGCCUAUACAAACAAAGGAGAUGGCAAUACACAAGAGAACAUAAUCAUUUAUACUGAUCAAUAUAACAGGGAAGAUUUCCCUGUCAACAUUGAAAAUGCAAAGUAUUUUGUUAUAAAAUCAUACAGUGAAGAUGACGUGCACAAAAGCAUUAAAUAUAAUGUCUGGUCAUCAACACCUCAUGGAAACAAGAAGCUGCAGAAUGCCUACGAAGAUGCUGCGAGAAUAUCUGCUGGAAAAUCUGGAGGCUGCCCUAUCUUUCUUUUCUUUUCUGUUAACGCAAGCGGUCAAUUUUGUGGGGUUGCAGAGAUGGUUGGUCCUGUUGACUUCAAUAAGGACAUGGACUUUUGGCAGCAAGAUAAGUGGAGUGGAAACUUUCCUGUGAAGUGGCACAUCAUAAAAGACGUGCCAAAUGCAAGUUUUAGACACAUUAUACUAGAGAACAACGAGAACAAACCUGUUACUAAUAGCAGAGACACACAAGAGAUAAUGUAUGGUAAAGGUUUGGAAAUGCUGAAGAUGUUCAAAAACCAUAGUUUGAAGACAUCUUUGCUUGAUGACUUUAUGUAUUAUGAAAAUCGGCAAAAGAUCAUGCAAGAAGAAAAGACCAAAUUGAUAAUCAGAACUUUAGAAAAUCCAUUAUCGUUACCUACAUUGGAACCGCCUCGGAAGUUGAAUUUUGUCUUUGACAUCCCUCCUGUCAAUGUUGAGAAGAAUUCAAAAACGGAUGAUGAGUUUGAUAACUUAAAACAGACUUCAAGUAGUGGACAUAUUGUGUGUAGUUCUGAUGUCACCAACAUAGCACCUGUAGAUGAAAAGAAUGAGAAAGGUACUGUUGAGAAAGAAGAUAUCUCUUCUGUGUUUAAGAUUGGUUCUGUCACUAUUACCCCAAAACAAGUGGAGACUAAACCAUCUUCCAUUAGUGUCUCUAAGAAGGAGCCGCCUGAUGUUUUCACGGUAGGCUCAAUGCAAGUUAAAGUUAACGGAUUUCCUAAGUCUUCUAGUUUUUUGAAGAUCGGGAGUAUCCCACUUGAUCCGAGAAAAGUGCAGCUGGACGGAGGCACUCGUGUUAAAAAUGGAUCUUAAAAUUUGCGUAUGGGCACGCUUUGGAUGUUUGGGAAAAUACUGAUUAAUGUCUACUUUAUUGUUCCAUUGUCGGGAAGUUAAGUUGGUUUUCUAUUCAAUCUUCGUUUACUGUUUUUUUAUUCUGAUUCAAUCUUCGCUUUGGUGUUGAGUCAGAAUGCUUAUAAUGGAAAUGUUACUCUUGUAUUUCGGCCUUUAGCAAUCAAUAUACAAAGGAUGUUUCUUCGUUGCA